UUUUUUAAGAGGGCCGAUUGAUAGCAGUGUUAGGUGGGAAACCUGGAGGGGGGAAAUCAAAUACAUGAUUGUUAGGUUCCUGAAGUAUGGGCAGUGAUUGGUAAAGUUUUAACACCAACCUGAUCUUGAGAGAUUAGGUGAUACAUGUAAAUGGAAAAAUAGGCCAGAUACUUUUAUGCAGAAUGCUAAGGAUGAUGAAAGUUUUCUCUGUUUAUGAGGUUAAUUUAGACAAGAUGCAAUUCCAGUGCACAUUUGAUACUAUUUUUUCCUUCUAAAAUUAUAAAUAAGUUUUCCUAGAAGCUUAGGGAAAUGAGGUAACAGAACCAGCUGAAAAUGAAAUGAAGGUCUGAGUUCUGAAGACAUCUUUAUUACUUCUCCUUCAUUCUUUUUUUUUUUUUUUUUUGUCAUUUUGCUAUUUCUUGGGCCGCUCCUGUGGCAUAUGGAGAUUCCCAAGCUAGGGGUCUAAUCGGAGGUGUAGCUGCCAGCCUACGCCAGAGCCACAGCAAUGCGGGAUCCGAGCCGCGUCUGCAACCUGCACCACAGCUCACGGCAACGCUGGAUUGUCAACCCACUGAGCAAGGCCAGGGACCGAACCUGCAACCUAAUGGUUCCUAGUCGGAUUCGUUAACCACUACACUACGACGGGAACUCCUUCAUUCUUUUUUUUAAAAAAAUACAAUAUCUCUUUAUUUUUCUUUCUUUCUUUCUUUUUUUUUAUUAUUUCCCCAACACAAUUUUUUUUUUCCCCAUUGUACAACAUGGGGACCCAGUUACACAUACAUGUAUACAUACUUUUUUCUCCCCUUGUCAUGCUCCAUUGUAAGUAUCGAGACAUAGUUCUCAGUGCUACACAGUAGGAUCUCAUUGUUAAUUCAUUGCAAAAGCAAUAAUUUGCAUCCAUUAACCCCAGGCUCCCCAUCCAUCCCACCCCCUCCCCCACCCCCUGGAAAACCACAAGUCUAUUCUCCAAGUCCAUGAUUUUGUUUUCUGUGGAAAGGUUCAUUUGUGCUGUGUAUUAGAUCCCAGAUAUGAGUGAUACCAUAUGGUGUUUGUCUUUCUCUUUCUGACUUAUUUCACUCAGCGUAAGAGUCUCUAGUUCCAUCCAUGUUGCUGCAAAUGGCAUUAUUUCAGUUUUUUUUUUUUUAAUGGCUCAGUAGUAUUCCACCACAUCUUCCCAAUCCAGUCGUCUGUUGGUGGACAUUUGAGUUGUUUCUAUGUCUUGGCUAUUGUCCUUCACCAGUCAGUAGCUCACUGACUUAAGACAAAUCACCUGCCACCCCAAAACUUUCAUUUCUUUAUCUGUAAGUGAUACAAAAUAUUAAGAGUGCUAAAGCAAUUGUAAAAUGCCAUGCAAAAAAGGCAGUUUUAAUUUCCAGAAAUUACACCUUUGUAUCUAGAGAAGCCUUAUUAUUCUAAAGCUUUAGCUCUUAAUAUUGCUACAUUUUUUAAAAGAGAAUUAUGGAAAAAUCAUUUAUCUGAUGACUCAGUUUUGUGCAAGCUUUUCCCUGUUUUUAAAUUUAAAUUGUUUGUUUGUUUUGCUUUUUUAGGGUGGCCCCUGCUGCAUAUGGAAGUUCCCAGGCUAGGGGAUGGAUUGAAACUAUAGCUGCUGGCCUAUGUUACCACAGCCACAGCAAUGCCAGAUCCGAGAGCUACAUCUGUAACCUAUGCCACAGCUUAUGGCAAUGCCAGAUCCUUAACCCUCUGAGCAGGGCCAGGGUUUGAACCCACAUUUCAUGGCUCCUAGUCUUAUUCAUUAACCACUGAGCUACAAAGGGAAUUCUGUAGUGGGAUAUCUUUUGAAGGUGAAAUUUUUAAGGUGAAUUCCAGUUUUCUCUAGUAAAAGAAUAGGUUUGCUCUUCUUAGAGCUUAUAUGCCAUGGUGUCUUUAUUCCGUAUUUUAAUGAUUUUUUUUUAAUUUUUAAAAAUAUUGUGGCUGCAUCAUGAUAGGUGAAAGUUCCCCGGUCAGGGAUUGAAUCCAAGCUGCAGCUGUGCACCAUCAGAUCCUCUAACCACUACACUAGGCUGGGGAUCAACUCAUGCCUGCCCAGUGACCCAAGUCACCUCAGUCAGAUUCUUAAUCUUCUCUGCAUGGCUCGAAUUCCUCUAAAUUUUUAAAACUAGAAGGUCAUUAACAAGCUGAUGGUAAAUGUGACAUUUUGCAGACUCUGAAAUUACUAGAUUUUCCAGUCCUGAGGAGUUUUAUUUUAGGGAUACCUACAAACUAAGAUUUAUAAGAAUAUCUAGUAUGUCCUGGUAAACACAGGACAUUAAGUUUUUCAGUACCUGUUUGGAAACACUUUUUACAAACUUGCCUGAAGAGGCAAGCUUCAUCUUAAUCACUGUUCUUAGGGGUUAGUAUUCUAUAGAGAAUUAUAUAUUUAUAUAUUUAGUCUGAAUUUUCCUGCGUCAUUUGCUGAGAUCUCCAUCCUUCAAUGCUAUCUCAGUUUAAUAUUCCAAAGUUACCUGUAAAAAAGUCUUAAUUAGGUCAGUUAGCUUCAUAUGUCAUGUAAAUAUUUAGUUUUGAAAAAACAUCAGACCAUGAUUAAUGGCAUGAUACCUCUUUCUCCUUAUGUAUAUAUUAAACAUUGUCAAGCUAUUUUCUAUAGUUAAAAUCAGGGUUUAGGGAAGGGUGUGUGUGCAUGUGUGCGGGUGUGUGCAAAGAAUUUAAUUAACCACUUGGGCUUUUUGAAGCUUGAUACCAUUAAGUUCUUCCUAUACCAGCUCAUUGUCCCUCAUUGUCUCAUGUUCUUGACCCAGUCUGCCAUUCUCUUACUUUUCAACAAAAGUCCUUCCCUUCUCUUGUGUAUUUAUGGUAGAAGCCACCAGUCGAGAUUUUUUCCCCCCUACUUUGUGCAUUUUUAGUUCUUUUCCAGCCCUCUCCCUUAAACAACCUUCCUAUUGAUACUUAUUCACCAUUUUUAGUCUCAAAUGUAAUAGUAUUUGUUCUCCCAUAUAAGGAAAUUUUCUUCAUCUUUGUGCUUAAGUUUCAUCUCCCUUCUGAGAUCUUGAACCAGCAGUUUACAAUGUGCUCUAUCUAACUCUAGCCUCCUCCUUGACUUUGUAUAUGUAUUAUCUUUGUAAGAAGAUUUCAGGAUAUUGCUUAAAAGUAGUUAAUGUGUAAGUAAUUUGUUGGGAAGGCAAUGGUCUUGAUUUGUCGUAAGAAACUGAAGAGUAAUAUUUUUACUUUUGAAAUACUAAUUUUUUUUCUUAUAUGUAUUUUUUUCUACUAUACAGCAUGGUGACCCAGUUACACAUACAUGUGAAAUAACUAAAUUUAUUUGGACGUCUAUGCAAGAAUGUUCUGUAAUUCUGUGUAACAGUUUGUUUACACAACUCCAAUUUUUGGGUUUUUGAAGAAAAUGAAUAUGGGGAAGAUGGGGAAAUAUUUCAAUGAUAAAAAAAUCUAAAUUCUAUCUUUAUAAGCACAUUAAGAAUUUAAGACAUAAAAAAUUAUGUAGUGAUCAAAACUAUCACUGUGGCUUCAGCUGAGUUGUACUUGAGUCAUGAACAACUCAUCUGUAGCUACCUAUGGAAAUCAUCUAAUUGUACUAUUCUAACAACUUAAAUCUCAUAGAAUACAUUCUUAAAACACUAAAAGUUGAUGAACAUUAGAUGUAAGUCACAUAGGUUUUCUAUUCUGGCUGAGGUUAUUAGCUGUGUCCCCUCAGAUAAGUCAUUCAGCUGUCCUGAACAUCUGUUUGCUCUCCUUUAAAAUUCUGGCAGUACUUUAGCACUUAUAUCAUAAGUAUGUGGUGGCCAGGUAGGUGAUCACUUAAUAAAUGGUACUUAUAUUAUUUGUACUAUCACAUUUAAAAAUAAUCACAUAUUCACUAUUUAUUCCUACUAGAAUAUAAACUUCUUAAUUAGUACAUGAGUUUUUUGUGUUUUUAUUUUUAUCUCUACCUAGCCCAAAGUCUGAUUUAUAGUUGUGAUUCAUUGUUGAAUUUAAUAAAAUAUAGUCAUUCAAAAGGAUAAUAGAACUCAUUGGGGCACCAACAGAACCAAAAAAUGGAAUAAAAAGUCUUUUUUUUUUUUUUUUUUUUGUCUUUUUGCUAUUUCUUGGGCUGCUCCUGCAGCAUAUGGAGGUUCCCAGGCUAGGGGUGGAAUCGGAGCUGUAGCCACCAGCCUACACCAGAGCCACAGCAACGCAGGAUCCGAGCCGCGUCUGCAACCUGCACCACAGCUCACGGCAACGCUGGAUCGUCAACCCACUGAGCAAGGCCAGGGACCGAACCCGCAACCUAAUGGUUCCUAGUCGGAUUUGUUAACCACUGCGCCAUGACGGGAACUCCUGGAAUGAAAAGUCUUAAUGGCAGUACUGAAGACAAGCUAAAUCAACUUACUUUUCUGGGCUUUGGUUCUGUUCUGCUAUGCUUCUCCUUCUCUGUUAGAUAACACCACCUGUGCCUAGAGAAGAGAGAAUAUUCCUUUUCAUUCUUUCUCUAAUGCACACAACAUCAGUAAAUCCUACUUUUGUGAUGAAUUGUACUGGCUAAGUUUUUAUCAGUCUUUGCCAAACUUUCUUUUGUGCCAGAGAUAACAUGAAUGACCACAAGUGGGUAGUAGUGGAUCAAAGGUUAUAUUAUUUGGGAAUUAUAUUUUUGGUAUUAUUACAAUUUAGAGUCAGUUUCUUCGAGACAUUAUUUUUUACUUUUGUUAAUUUUCCAAGUCCUAAGCAUAAUGCUGCCCUUUUUUUUUUUUUGCUUCUUUCAUAAAGUUUAAAAUAUGAAAAUGUUUGUUCUGUAUUCCCUCAAUCUCUACUGUUGGGAAUCAUGUGAGCCUCUGUUGUGGAUGAUGCUGGCAAAAUAGAACAUGAUGGUUCGUCUGAAAUGACCAUGGAUGCAGAGUCAGAAAUCAAUCCUUGUAAAGUGGAUGGUACUUGCCCUGAAGUCAUCAAGGUGUACAUUUUUAAAGCUGACCCUGGAGAGGAUGAUUUGGGUGGCACUGUAGACAUUGUGGAGAGUGAGCCUGAGAAUGAUCAUGGAGUUGAACUGCUUGAUCAGAAUAGCAGCAUGCGUGUGCCAAGGGAAAAGAUGGUUUAUAUGACUGUCAAUGACUCUCAACAAGAAGACGAAGAUUUAAAUGUUGCAGAAAUCGCUGAUGAAGUUUACAUGGAAGUAAUCGUAGGAGAGGAGGAUGCUGCUGUUGCAGCCGCAGCAGCUGCUGCUGUGCAUGAACAGCAAAUGGAUGACAGUGAAAUCAAAACUUUCAUGCCAAUAGCAUGGGCAGCAGCUUAUGGUAAUAAUUCUGAUGGAAUUGAAAACCGGAAUGGCACUGCAAGUGCCCUCUUGCACAUAGAUGAGUCUGCUGGGCUUGGCAGACUGGCUAAACAAAAACCAAAGAAAAGGAGAAGACCUGAUUCCAGGCAGUACCAAACAGCAAUAAUUAUUGGCCCUGAUGGACAUCCCUUGACUGUCUAUCCUUGCUUGAUUUGUGGAAAAAAGUUUAAGUCAAGAGGUUUUUUGAAAAGGCACAUGAAAAACCAUCCUGAACACCUUACCAAGAAGAAGUACCGCUGUACUGACUGUGAUUACACUACCAACAAGAAGAUAAGUUUACACAACCACCUGGAGAGCCACAAGCUGACCAGCAAGGCAGAGAAGGCCAUUGAAUGUGACGAGUGCGGGAAGCAUUUCUCUCAUGCUGGGGCUUUGUUUACUCACAAAAUGGUGCAUAAGGAAAAAGGAGCCAACAAAAUGCACAAAUGUAAAUUCUGUGAAUAUGAGACAGCUGAACAAGGGUUAUUGAAUCGCCACCUUUUGGCGGUCCACAGCAAGAACUUUCCUCAUAUAUGUGUGGAGUGCGGUAAAGGUUUUCGUCACCCAUCAGAGCUCAAAAAGCACAUGCGAAUCCAUACUGGGGAGAAGCCUUACCAAUGCCAGUACUGCGAAUAUAGGUCUGCAGACUCUUCUAACUUGAAAACUCAUGUAAAAACUAAGCAUAGUAAAGAGAUGCCAUUCAAGUGUGACAUUUGUCUUCUGACUUUCUCAGAUACCAAAGAUGUGCAGCAACAUGCUCUUAUUCACCAAGAAAGCAAAACACAUCAGUGUUUGCAUUGUGACCACAAGAGUUCGAACUCAAGCGAUUUGAAACGACACAUAAUUUCAGUUCACACAAAGGACUACCCCCAUAAGUGUGAGAUGUGUGAGAAAGGCUUUCACAGGCCUUCAGAACUCAAGAAACAUGUGGCUGCCCACAAGGGUAAAAAAAUGCACCAGUGUAGACAUUGUGACUUUAAGAUUGCGGAUCCAUUUGUUCUAAGUCGCCAUAUUCUCUCAGUUCACACGAAAGAUCUUCCAUUUAGGUGUAAGAGAUGUAGAAAGGGAUUUAGGCAACAGAAUGAGCUUAAAAAGCAUAUGAAGACACACAGUGGGAGGAAAGUGUAUCAGUGUGAAUACUGUGAGUAUAGCACUACAGAUGCCUCAGGCUUUAAACGGCAUGUUAUUUCCAUUCAUACGAAAGACUAUCCUCACCGUUGUGAGUACUGCAAGAAAGGGUUCCGAAGACCUUCAGAAAAGAACCAGCACAUAAUGCGACAUCAUAAAGAAGUUGGCCUGCCCUAACAGUACUUCUACAGAGAGGUGUUGGCCUUAAAGCAGAAAAUUCAUUUUAAAGCCAAUCAGUCUUGUCACAUAUAAUACUGUACAUUGAUUAAUAUUGUGCACAGAUAGGAUUAUUCCUUCUAGUUAACAUUACAUUUUAUUCAGUAGGGUGUUCUGUAUCCUGUUCAGUUUGUUCAGUGAGGAAAAGUAACAACAAAGAAGUUGCUUUUAAUAAAAUAACCCAUGAUUCUUUAUUGCAUUUUUAAGUCUUAGAAGUUUUAUUAUUUAAGUGUUUACUUUUCACCUUUUCACUCUUCUAAGACCACUUAAAGAUUUAAAAAUAGAUUGGUAACUCUAAAAGUAAUCAUUUGAUCCAUUUUGUUCCCUACAAAUUCUUUGCAUUUAAAUAGAAGCAUCUGCUAAGUAUCGGUGGGAGAUUUUACUGUCAGGUCCAACUAUAACGUGAAAGUUACUCCUUGUCUUGCUUAACAUUUUCAAGUCACAUGACCAUGAAACUUUUCAUUUGAGCCUCUAUAUUUGCUAAAUAUGGAACAAUGUAUUUCAUUUUCUUUCAUUUAGCAAAGUGUGCUUGUUUUUACUUUCUUUGUAAUGUUUAUAUUUUCUGCCGCUCCAGCAUACUUACAGAAAAUCUCUGAAAAGUUUUUCCUGUUUUUCAUUCUCUGUAUUAUUUUGUUUUGGAAUUCUUGUGUUCUGCAAAUGAGACUUACUAUGAACUAAGUUUUGGAAUUUUUUAGAGAUAAAUGUGGCUUAUAUGAUUUUCUGUAACUGGAUGUGUAAGUGUACCUUAAAUUUUACAUGUGCCUGUGUGUUGCUUAUUUUACACACUUAAACGCACAAUCCCAAAUUUUAUGUUUUUAAUGAUAAGUAUUAAAUGCACAAUAAACGGAAAGAUCCAGGGAUGUAUAGAGCAUUUUCGCCAACUUUUUAUUCAGAGAGUUUAAAAUUUAAGCGAAUAAUUAGAAAACAAGGACAGUAGUAUAUUUGUGAAGUAAAGGUAUUAUCUUUUAAAAACUUUGGUAAUUGGUAAAGCAAAGUUAAUGUAUUUCAGGAUAAGAAUGGUUUCAUACAGCCUCAUCUUUAUACCUUAAAAUUUUAUGAAAAGCUAAUGAGUAUGUAGAAAUAAAUCUCGGUUCUGAGAAGCCUAUAAAGAAAAACUGUCUUUUAACAGAAUAAGGACUAUUAAGAGGAAGCAGUGGCUCUAUAUACUAGAGAAAAGGUGCUAAUUAAACUUGACAAAUUCAGGCUGCGUCUUUAUUUCUCAAUUAGCAAACUUAAAAAUAAUUUAACACUCAAGUUGGAUUUUAUUAGAAGAUAGAAAUUGUGUUUAAAGCAUGUAAUAAAAUGUAAGGCUUUAUUUGAAAUAGCAGCAAAGUUUUCAUAGGUUUUUUUAUUAUUUGAGAGUUGUAUUUUAAGCAGUGAGUCAUAAACAUACAAAAUGAAUUCAAACAGUUAAUUAGAAUAUGGUUAUUUAAUACAAAUUUUUGAGAACAGGAGACAUUUUUUAGUUUGCUUCAAUUAUCUAUUGGCACACAUGCGCUGGCACUCUGUGGGAGGUUAGAAAUUUUCUUCCCUUCUGAUAGGUACCUUACAACUUCAUUAUGGUGCUUUCUUUACUUCCGCUUUAAAUAAAUUUCACCUUCUGCCUUUCUCUGUGCCAUUAAUACUCAUUCAGAAGUUAUAGUAAUAGGGUUAGAUGUCUAAGUGUAUGGGGGUUUUCGACAGCCUCUAAAGGCUAGUUUAGUCUAGUUCUAAAUCAGGUUCUUCAGAUACAUGGGAAUUUAAGCUUAAUGCCAACCAAAGCCACAGUAUGGAUUUUGGAACCGCCUCCUUCCUAGCCCCUAUUUAUGUCCCCACCUAUUUCAGUGUCCGUCUGUUGGCCUGUUCUGGAAAACUCUCAUUUUUAUGCGUGAGAAUCUUUUAAAUCUCCCUUGAAUUUGUUUUUCCCUAAGUAACAAAGAAAUGUUUAAUGAAAGUUUACAUUUACUGAAAGUUUAAAAAGUUAAGAAUUGUAAAACAUUCUGUAAAAUUAAUAUAGAUAAAUAGUUAUUUAAUUAUAUUUUAAAGAGAAACUGAAAGAUAAUGCAACACUUGACAUAUUCAUAUUUCUCAUAUUCUGGAGUCAUACAGAAUUGUUUUGUUUUUAAGCACAAUAUUGAAACCUUUAAAAGGUACUUAAGGAUUUGGUCAAGUAAAUAUGAUACCACAUUUGUCUUUAAAAGAAAAUAUGAAAUUGUACUUACUGUUAUGUACUGAUAUUAAUUGAGUGUUUUAAUUCUUAAAACAAUUUGAUUAGCAAAGCUAAAAAGUGGAUAUUUCAGUUUAAUGUUUUAAAAGGUACCAAUUUUUAGAACAUAAGUUAUUGUUUUGUUGAAAUAACCUGUUAAAUACUGUAUGUUCCUUCCUCUGUACACAUUGUAAAAUACUUAAAGUAAAAUACUUAAUAAGAAAUUCAUACAGAAAAACGUGACACUAUUGUAAAUGUGUACUUGAGAGUAACAUGCAAAAAUAAAAAUCAUACUAUUUUCCUGUUA